AUGAACGAUUUGAAUCUAUUGAAACCAUUCAAAUUGUCGUACAAAAAUCAAAUUAUAUUUUUGAAAGAAAGAGAAAAGUUAUUUUCGUCGAAAACAAACGAAAAACCAACAUCAGCAUCAACACCAAAUGAUACAGCAUUAUUAAUUAUAGAUGAAAAUCAACAAGAUGAUGAACAUGAAAAUCAAUCAGCAGAAGCAUCAAUAAAUGUAUCAUCUAUCGAAACUAUUAUUACAACUGAAAAUUUAACAGAAAAAUCUCUUCCAGAUCCUUAUUUAUUACCAGUGUUACCGAGUCAAGUCAACGAUGCAAUUAAUCUUAAACAAAUGGAAAAAUUUGAAAAACUUUGCAACUUUCGUUCAAUUAUUAUAGAUGCUGUUUUUCAUGAUUUGAAAACAAAUUAUGGUUUGAUAUAUCCGACACGAGAACAAUAUACAACAAUUGUUAAUGGAAUACUUAAUCAUUUGAAGAUUGAACGUGAUCCAAAAACAUCUACAUCAAUCAUUCAAGAUACACCUAAUGAAAUACAACAAAUGGAAGAAAAAGCUGAAACACUUAAAACAAAUUUUCAAAAUAAAUCAAUUGAUGAUCAACAUUAUCAACGGUUGUGGCUUGAAACUUUUGAUUAUCGACAAAAUUUUAUCAAGGAAAACACAACUGCAGAUAUUAUGGAACGUUUUCCUGUUUAUUCAAAUCCAUCUAUGAUAUUGACAGAUGUUAAAUUAUUAACAGGUGUAGAUUUGGAUCAUUCUGUUAAAGAAAAAAUGAAUUUGCUUUCUAAUAAAAUUUGUUCUAAUGAUAAAUUUUUAACAGAUGAUCCAAUUGUUCGUUGUUUUAAAAAACCAGUUACUCCUCAACCAACAAUGGUAAUUGAGGAAAACGAUAUUAAAAUCUACGUGGAUUGGACCUUCAUUUGCUCAUCGAAUUCUAUGGAACAAUCUUUGGCUUUAGUUGUUGGUUUAUAUUGUUUGAUGAAUCUUACGUUUCCAACGUAUCGUACUGUUGUUAGAUUUUUAUAUGUUUAUUUCAUGAAUGAUAAGCAACAACAAUCAAAUGUCAUUCGAAAAUUUUGUAAAGUAUACAACAUUCAACUUCAAGAUAAUCCUUCAUCAUCAAAUGCUGCAUUACUGGAAGAAACAAAAAUUAAUGAUACGUAUUUAAAUGAUAGACGUGAAAACAAUGAAGAACAAAAUAUAUCUUUUGAACUUCAAACGACAACAUCAAUUCAACCAACAUCGAUGGAAUCAACAUCACAUGAAUCAACAUCAAUUGAUUCAAUAUCAACUGAGUCAAUAUCAACAGAAUCAAUAUCAAUGGAACCAAUAUCAAUAGAAUCAACGUCAACAGAAUCAACAUCAAUGGAACCAAUACCAACUGAACCAAAACGAAUUGAACCAACAACAUGUGAAAAACCAACAGCAUUUCAACAACAAUCAAAUCGUAAACGCAAAGCAGAAGAAAAACAUGAUUAUGAGCAACUGUCUCUGGAGAUUGAUGCAUCGGAACAAAAAAUAACGAGAAAUCUCCGACCAAAACGACACAGACAAUAA